UGAUGAUUUAGAAAAUAAUACAAAUUCUUUAAAUAAUUUUCAAGUGCUAAGAAAUAUAACAAGUAUCAAAACAAGGUGGAAUUCAUCAUAUAUUUCAUGGACUCAGCUUCUAAUACUUUGUAAGUCAAUACAAUGGCUUGCUGACACCUUACCUUACAAAACAAAUUCAAAAAAGGAUGCACAUCGUUUAAAACAAU